AUGUCUCUGACAAGAUCGAUCGCGACCCUACCGCUGCUCUGGCUUUAUGCUACGGCUAUCCCAGCUGGAACGGGCCGGUGGUCAAACGGUACUUCGUCGGCUGUUAAUGGUGGUGACUUAAACGCUACAGCGUACGGAUUGAUCGACACAUAUGAUGGCACCAACUGGCUGAGCAUGUUUGAUGUUCAAGCCAUUGCUGAUCCUACUCAUGGCUUUGUUGAAUAUGUCAACGCGCAGCAAGCCCAACAAUUAGGGCUCCUCCGGACACAGGGCAGUAAAGUCUACAUGGGUGUAGAUAGCACUUCCAUCCUGAGCCCCAACGGAACUGGGCGAAAGAGUAUCCGUGUCCAUAGUAAGCGAGCCUACAACCAAGCCCUCGUCAUUGCCGAUUUUGCCCACGUGCCUGGUAGCAAUUGCGGCUCAUGGCCAGCCUUCUGGAUGUUCGGUCCCAACUGGCCUAACCAGGGCGAAAUCGACAUCUACGAAGGCGUGCACCUAAACACCUAUAAUCAAGCCACGCUCCAUACCUCUCCUGGUUGCGUGCCCUCCGUUGGGCCUGGUGGCGAGACGGGACACCGCGUUGGCAACGCUGACUGUGGAGCUGACGGAGGCUUUGGCGGCUGCGGUGUCGAGUCUAACAUCUCUACAUCGUACGGCACAGCGUUCAAUGCCAACGGCGGCGGCGUGUACGCCACGCUGUGGACAAACACAGGUUUCAAGGUGUGGUACUUUGCGAAUCGACAUGUGCCGAGCAAUAUCAGGGACGGGAAUCCUGAUCCUAGUUCGUGGGGAACGCCGAGUGCAAACUUUGGACCCGGGUGUGACUAUGCUGCGAAGUUUAGAGAUCUCAACAUCGUCUUUGAUAUUACGUUCUGCGGGGAUUGGGCGGGUGGCGUCUGGGGUCAGACAUCUUGUGCGCAGGUCAAUUCGAGUUGCAGUGCGUAUGUGGCGAGUCAGCCGCAGUCGUUUGCCGAUAGCUACUGGUUGAUCAAUUCUGUGAAGGUGUAUAGCGUUUGA